GGUUCGUUAUAGCAUUUUGAGCGGAUUGUUUAUUAUAAAAUGUCAGUAAAAUCGUUAAAACUAGUUAAUGGAAGGCAAAUGCCUUUGGUUGGUUUGGGGACUUGGGAAGCCAAGGAUCCUGAACAAUUGGAGACAGUUCUUGAUGCAGCCUUGGAACUGGGAUACAGGCACAUCGACACUGCCUACGCCUAUGGAAAUGAAAAGGUUAUAGGACAAGUAAUUAAAAAAUGGAUAUCCCAGGGAAAACUUAAAAGGGAGGAUAUUUUUAUCACAACAAAACUUUUGGGAUCUAACAAAGAAAUAGCCGAAUCAAAAUUGCUGGAAUCUUUGAAAAACCUUGAUAUGGAUUAUGUUGAUCUCUACUUGGUUCAUUUUCCAGUUAGUAUGGUUUUUAAGGAAGGGAAGAAACCAUAUGGAGGGCCAACAGAUCACAUUGGACUAUGGAAGAUUCUUGAGAAACAAGUUGAACUAGGAAGAGCCAGGGCCAUAGGUCUUUCAAACUUCAACAAAAAACAAAUCGAGAGACUUCUAGCUUCGAAUCCAAAAGUUAAGCCAGCAAAUUUGCAAAUCGAAAACCAUGUAUACCUUCAGCAACGGGAGUUGGUAGAGUAUUGCCAACACAACGGCAUUACAGUUACUGCUUACUCACCAUUGGGAAAUCCUGGCUAUAACAAGUUUGCGGUAGCCCAUGGAUUACCUACUAAACCGGACAUCGGUAACAUGCUUCAAGAUAAAGUUGUAUCGAAAAUAGCAAAUAAUCAUCAAAAAUCAAAUGCCCAAGUCAUGCUUAGAUACCAAAUCCAAAGGGAUAUCAUCGUUAUCCCGAAAACGGUCACAGUUAACAGACUUGCAGAAAAUUAUAACCUCUUUGAUUGGUCCUUGACUAAUGAAGAAAUGCAGGCUCUAAAUGAUUUGGAUAUUGGUGAAAAGAGCCGUAUUUGUGAUUGGGCAGCCUUUAAACUUGAGGGUCAUGAGGAGUUCCCAUGGUAAAAAUAAUUAUUUGUCAGUCUCCACAAAAUACUACAAAUGAUUUAUGUUUUUAAAUAUUAUUAAAUAAAGA